UUUCUCAAGGUGGUUCUGUGUGCCGGGGGUGUGGUAUAAAACAUAUAACCCAGAGCAGGAACUGUUGGUCGUGUUCUAAACCUGUUCUAAAAACAGAUGAUCUGGAUUCAGAUAAAACUAUCAGGGAUGCACUGAGUUACCACAAGGAGAAGGAGAAACACUCUACGGAGUUAAUAAAUAAACUAUUUCUCCGUAGAAUCAUGUUUCUCAAGGAGGCUGAAACAAGGAAACCUAGUGAGGUGGAACAGGGAGAAAUAGGAGACGGGGAGGAGGAAGGUGAAACAAAGGAGAACGGAGAUAAUGACGCAAAGUCAGAGGACGCACUCAGUGAAGGAAAACGUGAGAAGGUUGAAAGUUCUCCGAGAAAGAAAUCUACCCGAGACCGGAGUAGUUCCAGGGACCGGAGACGGGAGAAAAAGAAACACAAGAGGGAUGAGCAUCGACGAGAAGACAAGCGGAAGCGCAAACACAGAGAUCGGAGUAGGGAUAGAAGUAGGGAUAGAGAGAGAAACAGGAGCAGAGAUAGAGAUCGUAGCAGAGAUAGAGAACGUAGUAGAGACAAAGAGAAGUCUCGGAACCAAAGUAAAGACCUGGAGGAUAAAAGUGACAAGAAAGAAAUAAAAAAAGAAAAUGGACUCGGUUCAUUCGCCGCCUUACAGCGGAGAAUCCGUGAAGAAAGCGAGAUUGUUGAGAAGAGAGUGAAGGACAAGAUCGAGGAGUAUAUCAGCAGCAUGGUCACCCAGCAGCUCAGGGUCAAGAAGGAUGAGAUAGAGAAGGAGGUGUUGAAGAAGGUUGCCCUGGCCAGGCAGAAUAUGGAGGAGGAGGUUAAGAUGGAGAUUGAUCUCAUGAAGAAGUUCAGGGAGGCAGAGGAGAAGAAGAAGAUGGAUGAGAUGAAUGCUAGGAUGGCAGAGAAGGAGAAAGCUCUAGAAAACGAGCGCAAGAAGCUUGCUGAAGACCGGCUGGCUAUCCUGGAGAACCAGAUGAGGAUAGAGAAGGAGAAGCAGAAGGAGAAGAAGAAGAUGGAGAAGAAGAGUAAACAAGAACAAAUGAAGAUUCUGGGAAAGGAUAAAUCCCGACCUCGUCUUUCCUUCAGUUUAAAUAAGAAUUGAAUUUCAGAA